GCUGCGGCGCGGCGCGGGGGCGCGCGGCGGGCCGGCCAUGGCGGCUCAGUUCCGCAGCUACGUGUGGGACCCCGCGCUGAUCGUGGCGCAGAUGGUGCUGCUGCAGGCGGGCUACUACGGCUCGCUCGGGCUAUGGCUCGCCCUCCUCGGCACCCUGGGCAGCACCGGGCCCUCCCUCCAGCAGGUCUUCAGCGACGAGAUUUUAGGCUUCUCAACCCCGCCGGGGAGGCUCUCCAUGAUGGCUUUCAUCCUCAAUGCACUCACCUGCGCCCUGGCCUUGCUGUACUUCAUCCGCCGCGGGAAGCAGUGCCUGGAUUUCACGGUCACCGUCCACUUCUUCCACCUGCUGGGCUGCUGGGCGUACAACUCGCGCGUGCCGUCGACGCUGACGUGGUGGCUGGUGCAGGCGGUGUGCACGGCGCUGAUGGCGGCCAUCGGGGAGUACCUGUGCAUGCGGAUAGAGCUGCGCGAGAUCCCCCUCAGCUCCGCGCCCAAGGCCAGCGUGUAGGCUCGCCCCGGCGCUGCGUCACGCCGUUGUCUCCGGCACGGGUGCGUCGGAUACGCCUCAGAAUCAUCCCCUGAAGAAGCACAGCGGGUCUGUUGAGACUUUUGUUACUCAUUUUUUCGGACCUCGGUGACUGCAUGAGCGCGAGCAUCUCCUCCGGCAUCGGCUGGCGGCGGGGGAGGAGCAGAUGUUUAUUUUGUUAACACGAAGCAUUAACGUGACUGUAUGGAGAGUGUGCCCUUGAACUCUUCGCUCAAGAGACUGUUAAACAAAGCCAGGUAGCAAAGCUUGGAGCGUGAGGAGCAUUUGGAAUUUAACGAUGUGGGAGUGCCCCGUUUGGGGAACACAGCGGUCAGCUCUUCUUGCGGGAGCUGGCACGAUGAGCCGUGGGACUGGGAGCCGCUGCUUGCAGUCUGUGACUGAUUUGGGCCUUGGUUGGGGAAGGAGUCAAGGAAGUGAAUGGAUGGGGAAAAGGAAAAUACUUGUACUUACCUGAAUCACCAGCUGAGACACUAAAUAACCUAUAAGUUAGAUGGGUUUGUUUGCUGUUUCCAUGUUUGAUACACAGAGGUGACAGACGGCAGUUUGCUGAAGAAACCUUUUGUAAUAAUAAAAACAUUAUGUUGCUGUGAGUGUGUUAUGGCUCUCCUGGGAAGCUGAGCACUUCAAGGAGUACCAUGAGUGUCUGUAUCAUGGCAACAGAAGGAGGCAGCCAGAGAACGCCUGGCUGGGAGAUGCCCACUGUCUGGGGCACAUAACAUUUCCUACAAUAAACAUUGCAUACCUCUGCUCUGAAA